AUGGCCACUUCGGCUGAUCAUCCGCAUCCACCUAUACCUAAUGAAGUAUAUAAUACCUCGCCGACAUUGAUCGAUACUCCUAAUUUGAGUGGUCCCAGUACACCUCGUCAAGGAGAAACUCCACAUACUGUUCAUCUUCAAACGCCUCACUCUCAAAUAGGAUCAUCGAGUAGCUCAAGGAUGGCUUCACCCACUGGUCAAAAGGCUUGGGAAGGACAUGAUUUGAAUGGAAAAGGCAAAGGAAGAGCACUAGAUCCUCCUUCGAUAGAGGAUGAUAAUGCAGUCGACGUAGGACAUUUAAGGAGAUUACAGAUACGUCUGAGGGAGAUAGAAGCAAACGAUAGAUUAGGUGAUGGCUGGUCGCAGAGAGAUGAGCUGCUGGGAAUGGUCAAAUCAGUAUUACCGAUAUCAAUAGAUCAUAUACCGUUUCUGCAAGAGAGGUUAGUAGCUCAGAAAGAUACCAUACAGGCCAUGCAACAGCAAGCCAAGCUGUCCGAACAGCUGACGAUAAUUGAAAGAUCACGUCAUCAAGCUGAGAAAGAUUCAUGGCAUGCUGAGACCCGAGCCUUGUUGAAUGUGAGAGAAGCCGAAAUUGCCGCAGGGACUAGACCUCGUAAACUCUUGGAUCUCGAUGUUGGUUAUCACCAGGAAUUAGAAGCUGCCAACAAGAGGCUAGAGAUGGACAAUAGGCUUAUGGCACCUCGACUAGCUGAUACGCAACGGCAGAUUGAUAAGCUCGUCACCGAGUUGCGGUUACUGCGAUCACAGGUCCUCAUCAAUUCUCACCCAAUAGCAAAAGCAGGUGAUCAAAUUGCUGCAGAUCCCCUUCCUACGAUGUCUCAUCAACCAGGAUCGGCGAAACCGAAGUCUCGUUCACCCACCAAAUUGCCAGGUAAGACAACAAUGGGAGAUGCAAGAGCGGAACAUCUUUUACUUGCUGCAAGACGGAUCAGGACUUUACGUGAAUCUGACGACACAGUAGGCCGAUUGACCUUGGAAGAAUUGAAAAAGAAUGGAGUUGUGGGACCUAAUGGCGGUCUCGGUUAUUCCGAAGGGUACGCUGGAGUGGAAUCGGAAGCUGAAGAUGAAUUCUCUGAAGAGGAUGAGAAACCCACCCAGUUAAGAAGAGCAAGCAUGUCAACUAUCGCCAAAACAAAGGGUAAAGUCUCUCAACCACUAGGAACACCACUUCUCCCCAGGCCGAAAAAAGUCAAAAGGACCCAACCUACACCUAUGCCUCAAACACCAUCCAAAUCAAAUCGAAAACAGCAUCCGCCACCCCAAACUACACCUGGAGGUAGCAAUUUCAAUGAUCUGCUCAGAGCGGCUGAAAUGGCCACUCGUCCCGGCACGCCUACACCCGAGGAAAGGUCUCAGAUCGUUCCCCUCUCCGCUAUGUCAGCAACCCGAUCAACCACUAGAGUAAGAGAUGACAGUGCUAGCGAAAGAGGCAGUCCAGUCAAGAGAAUCAGAAGGGAUGACUGGAGUCCGACUAGACAAGACGAUCUGCCCCUACCUACUCAGCAAACUGUUCCUGAAAGUCAAGGAUCCGCCUCAGCGCUAGACCUAUUAGCUCAAGCUAGUCAGUUGGAAGUCGCUCAAUCUGGUGAAUUGUCUUCAAGCAGUUCUUCUGGUCCCUUGCAUUCUGCUGCAAGACUGGGUGGAUUGAUCGAUUCGAAUGGAGGUGAAAGAUCUUCAAGUCCAGCUAGAUCAGUAGAUGAGAUGCUUGGACCGGCAAUUGACUUGACACCUUACUCAAGACCUGUCCUACCGGUCGAAGAGGUGCAUCUCUCCGACCCUACUUUAUCAACGCCCAAAAACCGACCCAGAGCAUAUUCAGGAACUUCAGAUCUCGCCACUCCGAUGACGGCGAGAGAAUACGCAAGUUCCACUGCCUACCCUACACCUGGAGCAGAUAGGGAAAUAGACGAAAGCGAAUUCGCCAGUCCCAUGGGUGGAGGAGGUGUUCCAGGAUUAGGAAAAUACGUCCAUUUGACAAGUAGUAUGCCUGCGAGAAGAAUAAGAAGUCCUUAUCUCAAAUGGACCGUUGAAGAGGACGAGCUUCUGGCUAGGGCAGUAGCGCUUCAUGGUGAAAAAUGGGAUUUAGUUUCCAAAGGUGUACCCACAAGAUCAUAUCAUCAAGUGAGACAAAGAUGGUUACGGAAAACCGGAGCAUUUGAUAAGAAACCGAAUGAAAGUGGAAAUGGCAUAAUGGGAGAUAUCGAUGAAGAUGACAGUCCUACACCUGAAGGGGGUAGGACGCCUUCGAUAAGUGGAGGGAAACAUAAAAGAAGAAUGAGUCAAGUAUAA